UAAUUUUUUACAAUCGUUUGAUUACCAAUCCACCAAGUGCAGUAACACUUCUAGGACACUAUCUUAAGACUAAAAAAAUAUGAGUUUACGACCCUUGUGUCCAGAGUUAGCCAAAAAGGCACAGGAGGAGUUAAAUGAAGAUCCGAAAAAUAUUCAACGUGACCUACAAUAUAUUAAGGAUUGGUUAUCCAAGCAACCUCAUUUAAAGGCUAGACUAGAUGAUCAGUGGCUUGUCGCUUUUUUAAGAGGAUGCAAGUACAGUCUAGAGCGCACGAAAGAAAAAUUAGACCUAUAUUAUUCUAUGAGGUCAUUGGCACCAGAACUAUUUAGAGUGAAGGCUACUGAUUCUGUUUUUGAUGAAUUAAUCAGUUUGGGGACUUACCUGAUACUGCCGAAAACCGCUACCCCUGAUUCACCGAGGAUUAUCAUAAUUCGAGCUGGUUGUUAUGAUCCCGCUAAAUACAACUUUAUUGACAUAUUCUCUGCUACUGCACACAUACAGAAGAUUCUCAUUUUCGAAGAUGACGCAACUGUUGUAUCUGGUUUUAAAACAAUUAUGGACAUGGAAGGCAUCACUCUCGCACACUUAUUGCAAAUCACGCCCAGCGUUAUGAAGAAGAUGGCUGUUCUUUCACAGGACGCCUGGCCGCUACGUAUGAAAGGAGCACAUUACAUUAAUACACCGUCAUGGUUUGAUAAUUUUUUUAACAUGGUUAAAAAUUUGUUAAAUGAGAAAAAUAGACAGCGUCUUUACGUCCAUAAUAAAAAUUUCGAAGAACUAUACAAACAUAUUCCUCAGGAAAUAUUACCAAAUGAAUAUGGUGGAAAUGGUGGUAAUAUUAAGGAGAUUUCAGAAUAUUGGAAGGCUAAGGUACAAGAGUAUAGCUCGUGGUUAGAAGAUGAUUUAAAAUACGGUUCGGAUGAAUCAAAGCGAGUGGGAAACCCAAGGACGGCUGAAACAUUGUUUGGGGUCGAGGGUUCUUUCCGACAACUGGAGUUUGAUUAAUGAAAUAAAGUUCAUUGUUAUUAUUAUUGUAAAUAAGAACUUGUUACAAAAUUUCAAUAUAUCUUGCUAUCCAAAGUUUGAAAAUCCUAUCUUUCAAAAAAUAAAAUAAAUAUAUUUGUGGCUAUUAAUAGUUAUAAACAAAUCGAAAACCAAACGAAUGGAUUAAGAAUUGUCGUCAAUUACCGUUAUAUUACUGAAGGUUUAGCAACGAUGAACUUUCACACUUUCGAUUCCAACUCUGUAACUUAAAAGAAGCUUUCUGGCGGAAUUCAUCAUGAGGAGUAGUAUAUAAUAGGUAGUUCCGUAACGUAACUUGAAUAAAGUUUUGUAAUUUACUGUAGCAUAUGUAUUGCAAUAUACGCAAAAUAAACCUAAGGAAGUAAAAAUAAAAGGCAGGAUUGAUUGUUAAAAACUCGUACGUACACGUAAUAGCAGUGUGGCAUGUAAUCUUAUUUAUCUUCAGACGGUUAUAUUAAAUAUAUUGAACAAAUUUGCAAUUAAUAUGCCUUUAAAAUUAAAGAAAC